GGCUGAAUAAAGGCGUGCUGUGUGGUGGUGUUUCUGUUUUAAAAAUCUCCAAGCCGGGAGGAGCCAGCUGCAACAGCGUCUUCAGAAAAUGGAGCGUAAAAUGAACCGGAGAGAAAGGGAAGAGGACUGUGAGGGGACCCACAACAGUACAGAAGAGGCUGACCAAGGAAAGAACCGCAAGUCCACCGUGCUGACCCUCAACGUUGGUGGGUAUUUAUACAUUACCCAAAAGCAAACCCUGACCAAGUACCCCGACACUGUCCUGGAAGGGAUAGCGAACGGGAAAAUCCCCUGCCCGUUUGACGCGGACGGUCAUUACUUCAUAGACAGAGAUGGGCUCCUCUUCAGGCAUGUCCUAAACUUCCUACGAAAUGGAGAACUUUUGCUGCCUGAAGGGUUUCGAGAAAAUCAACUUCUGGCACAAGAAGCUGAAUUCUUUCAGCUGAAAGGACUGGCAGAAGAAGUGAAAUCCAGGUGGGAAAAAGAACAGCUAACACCCAGAGAGACGACUUUCUUGGAAAUAACAGACAACCACGACCGCUCUCAAGGACUGAGAAUCUUCUGUAAUGCUCCUGAUUUCAUAUCAAAAAUAAAAUCUCGCAUUGUGUUGGUAUCCAAAAGCAGGCUGGAUGGAUUUCCAGAGGAGUUUUCAAUAUCAUCUAAUAUUAUUCAAUUUAAAUACUUCAUAAAGUCUGAAAAUGGCACUCGACUUGUACUAAAGGAAGACAACACCUUUGUCUGCACCUUGGAAACUCUUAAGUUUGAAGCUAUAAUGAUGGCUUUAAAGUGUGGUUUUAGACUGCUGACCAGCCUGGAUUGUUCCAAAGGGUCAAUUGUUCACAGCGAUGCACUUCAUUUUAUCAAGUAAUCACCUGCAUCUAGAACAAAGCAGCAAGCAUGCAGCCAGCAAGCUUCGGAUAACAGCAGCAUCAAAGGCAUCCCUAACAACAUGCCCAGCAGGCUCUGUACUACAGAGCCCUAGCCCGACUGCUAAUCAAUGACUGGGAGCUAACGGUAUGUAAAUCCUAUCGCUAAUCACGUCCUUCUAUGGGUGUUCCUGCUGAUGAGACUCUUACACCUAAAAUGAAAACACAGAGAUCGACAUAUUGUAAAUAAAGACUGAAUGCUUUCGCUACUUGUUUAUUUCUCCUCAAACUGUCUUUCCAUCAGAAUGUCUCGGGUACUUGCAGCAUCACGAUCAAGCAUGUACAUGUUAUCUUUCGUGCACUCAAGUAAAUGGUAAUAAAAUAUUUUAAGAGGCUGUGAGAUUUACAAUUCUUUCUAGUUAUGGCAAAUAUCAAAAGAAACUGA